AAAAAAUUUAGAAAAAAAAAAAGAGACUUUGUGUCACGCCAAGGACUACAGACACACCCUUGUGAAGAUGCAUUCAGCAGGCAGUUCCCGUGACUCCAUGAAGCCUGUGCGGCACUGACCUGCGGAUGGGAGGAAUCAACUAAUUGUUGCACGAAGGAUUGAACGUUGCACUAAUUUCCCGAGCUGGUUCAGCAGAGACACUUUCUGGGAGUGGAUUCUUUGAUGAGGAAGACAAGACAGAGAAGACAUGCUGCUGCUCAAGAAACAGACGGAAGACAUCAGCAGCGUCUAUGAGAUCCGGGAGAAGCUCGGCUCGGGCGCCUUCUCUGAGGUGGUGUUGGCCCAGGAGCGGGGCUCCUCACACCUCGUCGCCCUCAAGUGCAUCCCCAAGAAGACCCUUCGAGGCAAGGAGGCCCUGGUGGAGAACGAAAUCGCCGUGCUCCGCAGGGUCAGCCACCCCAACAUUGUGGCUCUGGAGGACGUCCACGAGAGCCCUUCCCACCUCUACCUGGCCAUGGAGCUGGUGACGGGGGGCGAGCUGUUUGACCGCAUCAUGGAGCGUGGCUCCUACACAGAGAAGGACGCCAGCCACCUAGUGGGCCAGGUCCUGGGCGCCGUCUCCUACCUGCACAGCUUGGGCAUCGUGCACCGAGACCUCAAGCCGGAAAACCUCCUCUACGCUACACCCUUUGAGGACUCCAAGAUCAUGGUCUCCGACUUCGGCCUCUCCAAAAUCCAGACUGGCAAUGUGCUGGGCACCGCCUGUGGGACCCCAGGAUAUGUGGCCCCGGAGCUCUUGGAGCAGAAACCCUAUGGGAAGGCUGUGGAUGUGUGGGCCCUGGGUGUCAUCUCCUACAUCUUGCUGUGUGGGUACCCCCCUUUCUACGACGAGAGCGACCCUGAACUCUUCAGCCAGAUCCUGAGGGCCAGCUAUGAGUUUGACUCUCCCUUUUGGGAUGACAUCUCAGAAUCAGCCAAAGACUUCAUCCGGCACCUUCUGGAGCGAGACCCACAGAAGAGGUUCACCUGCCAGCAGGCUUUACAGCAUCUUUGGAUCUCUGGGGACGCAGCCUUUGACAAGGACAUCCUGGGCUCAGUCAGUGAGCAGAUCCAGAAGAAUUUUGCCCGGACUCACUGGAAGCGAGCAUUCAACGCCACUUCCUUCCUGCGUCACAUCCGCAAGCUGGGGCAGGGCCCGGAGAGCGAGGAGGCCUCGGGGCGGAGGAUGGCCCGCCACAGCCACCCUGGCCUCGGGUCUGGCCAGCCCCCCAAGUGGUGACGCCCAGGCAGAUGCUGAGGCCGAGUGCCCUGACUCCUGGACUCCCUUCCUGUGGGCGGGCCCUUUCAGUCCCCUUUCCCCAGCCCCAGGACCCCGGGGCUGGCCUCUGCUGGAAAGUUGGAGAUGCGUGGGUGUGGCGCAUGGCGCUGGGGCAGGAGUGGGUCUCCCCCCUCUGCCACCCAGGCUCCGCCCUCGCCCCCGGGGGCUGGCGGGGUGCGUCCACGGAGAUCCCGCUCCACUGUCACCGCCACACCCGCUCUAGAUGCCGAAGAGGCUUUCCGGGGGCAGCUCUUCCCGCACGCUGUUCUGUGCUUUGCUGACUGUGGUGGUCCCGCUUGUGUCGUGGCCCUCGAGUUUUCCCCAAAUCAAUAAAUACAGACA